GCCCCGACCGCCCGAAACCGCAUCGGGGCCAAGGCCGGCGAGCUUGAGACUUGCGUGACCUUGGCAGCAAUCGCCGGUGACCCUGGCAUGAAGCAGUUCGAGGGCUGGGGAACUCUGGCGGCCGAUAAUAUCACUGCUCUCAACGUGCCCCGUGCCAAAUGCAGCAAGACGUUGCUUGAGUUCGUGCUCAGCUGCUGCGGCAAGGGCGGGCCCCCUCUCAUCGGGUUCAUGCUCGGGUGCAACAUCGCGCUUGGCCAAUCGCACUGGCGUGGGCUGCCCAACGUCGCCUUCGCGACCGGGACGGACCUCUUCCUUUUAAUCGGGGUGUCACUUGCCCUUGCAAAUCUGAUUGGCGCCAUUCAUGGGGGCGGCGUCGCGCGCGUGCUGAACAAGUCUGACAUCUGCAAGCCGACGUGGCUGAGGGCUGGGCGGCGGCCCGCUGGCAAGGAGAAGCCAGGGCGGGAGAAGACGGCAUACUCGCGGGGCGAAAUGCGCAAUGCGUUUCUGAAGGGCACUGGCGACAUUAAGGGGCAGCCCGUGGAAGUUGACGAGCGGGCUGAAUGCAGUGCCGAGGGCGCUCCUGCACCCGCGGCGCAGCCGACUGAAG